CAAUGAUGAAAAAAUAUAAAUAAUCAUGUUUUGCUUUUUUGAUAAUUUAAUUGUGAUUUGUUAAUUGUUAAUCGUGUUUUGCUUUCUGUGCAAAUUCUGAAUUUUGCUUUGGAUUUUCUGCAAUAAUUCACCAUCAAGAAGCCUUUUUUUCAAAUUCAAACAUGGAUACAGUAGAGGUUUUAAUAAACCAGGCCUUAAGCCAAGUAGUCACGUCUACCCAAUGUAAACUGUGCGAAGUUCAAAUAACCACGCCUGCUGUAAAAAGUUCCCAUUUCUCUAGCAGAAGACACAAAGAAAAUGUAACUUUGUUUAAAAACAAAGUACGACAAAGUGUUAUCAGCAACUUGGCAGAUGCAAGUCCUGUGAAUGUUUAUAUUCCCACUGAAGCCAAACCAUUCCAUUGCAAAGCCUGUAGCAGGAAGUUUGGGGUAAAACUGGAUCUUGAUAAUCACAAUAGUACUGAAUCGCAUCUAAGAAAUGUUGAAUGCUAUUGUUCUGCUUGUUGCCUUCUCACACCAUCAAAACAAGACCUGUGGGAGCAUUUAAAAACUGGUACACACAAUAGCAAUCUAGUGGCCUUAGGAUAUCCUCCUAUCAACGGAAAAUACAGUCCAUUUUGUCAAACAUUGGCGAUUGGAUUGAAAAAUCAGAUGCAUGCUGACUGGUGCUUUAUAUGUAAAGCUGGAUUUCGUACAAUUAAACUAUGCAUUGAACACUAUACUAGUUUACGCCAUGAAAAGGCUGCUGAAUUGUGGUUUAAGACAUAUUGUGGCAUGAUGAAUGCUCCAAGCAAACAAGAGGUUGUGAAUCAAGCUAAACCUAAUCAAGCCAAACCUAAGCAAUCCAUAGAAUCGAAACUUGCUCCAAAGUUGUUGAAACUUCCUCAAAAAAGCAUUCUCCAUGCGGAAAAUCAGCAACGAGCACAAAAACAGGACUUGCAAACAGAUUUGAAUUCAAAAGUAACAAAAUCACUUGAAGAAUCGAAACCAAAAAGCCCCAAUUAUUGUGAUACCGCAACAAAUAUGACUGAAAACGCUCAAUCUUCCAUCGUAAUAACUGCAACAAAACAAGAAGAAAAUUUAGAUGAUUCUGGAAGCCUGAAAAAUAAAGUUUUCAUUGAAAUUGAAAAAUUAGUCCAAAAAUUGUAUUAUUCUAAAGAGGUGCCUUACAAUGUUGGUUUGAAUUACUUGAAAAAAAUCAACAAGGAAGUGGAUGAAAUAAUUGCUACAAACAAUGACAAAAAGGAAAAACGGGCCUUUUCUAUUGAACUAGAUGAAGCUGUUUGUUCUAAUAACAAUUUCAACCAAAAUGGAUUUCAUUUUACAGGAUUUACUCAGGAAAAAGCUAAACCACUUUUAUACCCGGUAAAUUUUGAAAACCCAAUUGAUUUAGUAAAUGCUUCAGAUACUUUGGAAAAUAAUGUUACAUCUUCUAACAAUCAAAUUAAUCCUGAAAAUAAUAAUACUGAAAUUAAGGCCUCUAACAAAAAGCGGAAAAGAAAAAAACCUACAAAUAAUAAAAGUAUUCCAGACUUACUUGCAGACAUAAUUUCUAAGAAACAAAACUGUAAAGAAAAUGUUGAUGAACUGGAAUUCUUAAACGAAAUUGAAGUUUUACUGAAGCAACUCGGAAAUGUUGAAGAGGGGCCUUUGUUGGAAGACAUUUUAAAGUGUUUGCAAGGGUUCAAUAAAGAAUUGGUUGAGAUUGAUUUAAAAAAACUUGAAGAUGAUAAAAAAAUUGAAAAUGUUACUGAGAAUAUUGCGGAGACUGUUGAGCCAAAAUCCAAAUUCGUUUAUUCCAAAAACGAUCUACUUUCUUUGGAUCCUUUGCGUGGUAAUCGAAAAGAAAAUCCUACAAGUGUUAGCAAUAAUUAUUCUGGAGGGAAUUCUAAUCCAUUUAAGAAAUUUGUAGAUGUUCACCAAGAAUGUUCAUUUGAUGAUAUAGUUGAUGAAAAAAACCUAGAAGUUGAUGAAUAUUGCGAAAUUGAUAUUUAUAGUUAUUACUCUGGAACUGAUUUCAAUGAGUUUGUGAACUUUAUCGAAGUUUAUUUGCAAGGUUCAAUUGAGUAUUUGACUGACGAACCUUGAAAUUUUACGUUUUUUUUUUUUUUUUAUAUAGCGGAUAAAUCGGCCAAACAAUUUUUUUAAAUAAUUCUUUAUUGCAUUCCAAGCUUUCGGUACCUACUAAUUGGCUGAUUUAAAAAAAAAAAAACCGUUAACCUAAGUUAUGUAUUUUAAACGAAAAAUACUGUUUUUAAAAAUCAAUUUUAUUUUGGAAAAUUACAAAGAGCGUUCUAGCCUAAAGCUAAGUUUAAUGAAGAAUGCUCAUAAGCGCAUGAUUACAUAUAUUUAUAAGUUCUGCUUUGCUGAGUCUGCUUCUAGGUAAUGGAAUUCAACUCUGCAACAUUGUUCAUAUAACUCCUAUAAUCCAGACGUUAUCUCUAUUCCUGAACAUUGAAAUAUUGAUAAUGGUAUUUUAAUUUUUUAAUGUUAUAAAUUAAGUGCCUUAAAAUAAUUUUGUUCUAAUAAAUAUGUAUUUUUUACGAAUAA